AUGUCUAGCACUUUACUCUCCCUGCUUUCGCGUUCCAAUGCGCGGAUCUGCUUCGCUCGACGAACGCCUCUCAGCGCAAGACUCUUGUCGACUCUCCCAAACACACAUAUCUUCCGCGCACUACAAAACCAUGACCCUGACAGCCUAGCUGUUGUGCAUAGUGUCUCUUCCCGAUCAUUCACUUAUGGUAGUCUAAUUGCCGACAUUGUCCGCGCUAAGGAUGACCUGGAACAAAAGGCUGCGAAGGCGCAGGGCCAAUUGGCUGGCGAACGGGUUGCUUUUCUCGCGGAGAACAGCUAUGACUACGUAGUGACACUACUAGCAAUCUUUGCUAGUGAUGCCAUUGCACUCCCGCUCUCGCCGUCUUUCCCGACUAGGGAGCUGAAGUAUAUCCUGGAUAAUUCACAGGCUAAGAUGUUGCUCACAACUGAGAAGUAUGCUGAGAAAGGCAUGGAAGUUUUGCGAUCGGGAUUGGAGCAUGAGCCUCUGUUUGCUAUUCGCAAUAAGCUCAUCGAGGGCGCAUCGAGCGACAAGAACUUAACCCUACACGAUCUGAAGGGGCCAUCGCCUGGUGGGAUGAUGUUGUAUACAUCUGGGACCACAAAUAGACCGAAAGGAGUUCUCAUCCCUCAAUCAGCACUGGCCGCGCAAGCAUCUUCACUACUAGAAGCAUGGAAGUACACACCGGAUGAUCGACUUCUUCAUCUGCUCCCACUCCACCACAUCCACGGCGUGGUAAAUGCAAUCCUAGCACCAAUAGUAGCAGGCUCCUCGAUCGAGUUCAUGUACCCUUUCAACCCGGAAAAAGUCUGGAAACGACUAGCAGCACCCUUUCUCCCAUCCAGCACCUCAAAUUCACCCAUCACAUUCCUCACUGCCGUCCCAACUAUCUACAACCGUCUCAUGACAACCUUCCCCACACUAACCCCAGAGGUCCAACAAGCCGCCAAAGAGGGAAUCUCCCCACAAAACCUCCGCCUGAACAUCUCCGGCUCCGCUGCCCUCCCAACCCCAACAAAAACCGCCUGGAAAACCCUCAGCAACGGCAACGUGCUCCUCGAACGCUUCGGUAUGACCGAAAUCGGCAUGGCGAUUAGCUGCGGCCUUGACGUGGCAGACCGCGUCGACGGUAGUGUCGGCUGGCCACUCCCAGGCGUUGAAGCCCGACUCGCCGACCUCGAGACAGGUGCUAUCAUCCCAGUCGAAGAAAAGAAUCCCAAUGGCCGAGAACGCGAAGGCGAGAUCCAGAUCCGCGGCGAAACAAUCUUCGACCAUUACUGGGGAAACGAGAAAGCUACUCGCGAGAGUUUCGUGCCGAGCGAUGACGGAGGUAAAGCAUGGUUCUGCACAGGCGAUGUCGCGACCCGUCGGGUUGUUGAUGGAGCUGGUAGUGGAGCGAGUGGAGAUUGGGCCCGGGGACCGAUGUAUUUCAUCCAGGGACGGAAGAGUGUUGAUAUCAUCAAGACUGGGGCUGAGAAGGUUAGCGCAUUGGAGGUUGAGAGGGAGUUACUUUCUCUUCCCCAAGUCAUCGAAGCCGCGGUCGUUGGUCUCCCGUCUGAACAGUGGGGUCAGAAGAUCGUUGCUGUGGUUGUUCUUGCUCCUGAUGCGGCUGCUUCGGGUCGCAGUGGACAGUCUUGGGGUCCGAUGGAUAUGCGGCGCGCGCUAAAGGGCUCACUUGCGUCUUUCAAGAUUCCGCAUGAGAUGAAGGUUUUAGAGGCUAUUCCGAGAAAUGCGAUGGGCAAGGUCAAUAAGAAGGCACUUAUUAAAGAGGUCUUUGGAGUUUGA